AUGGAGAAAGGAAAGGGACUGGCCAGAAAAAGUAGGAAGCUGGCAUCCAGCCGCCGAAGGCAGAUGCGAGAGCCAGCAGACGGGCAGGAUGCCCCUGUGGCCCCGGAAGCGGGGUCCUGGUCCUCUGACGCUGAUGCGGAACUUCAGGGCUUCUUCCAGAACUGUGGUGCCAAGGAGAGGGGCUUUGUCACCCGGGAGGAUCUGGCGGAGGCCAGGUUCAGCUUCCUGGGUAACGAGGAGCCGCAGAUGAUAUUUGACUGGGUGGACGUUGAGAGUAGGGGCCGCCUGUCGCUGGAAGAAUUCAGCUCUGGACUCAAAAAUGUCUUUGGCUCCAGCCCCAGUACCCACAGACUCCAGACAAAACGGUCAUUGCCCUCUCAACGGAUAUCUGCGACCUCCAGCUUCCCUGUCUUCGAGGAGGCCGAUACUGAGGAGAAGGAAGCCUUCCUGGCCCUUGUAGGGCAGAUGGAGACCGGCCACUCCCUUUCUGAGCAGGCUGAGCUCUGGAAACUGUGGAGAGAGCUGCGGCAGGAGGAGCCCCAGUUGGCAGGCAACUUGGAGGGCUUCCUAGCCAAGAUGAGCAGUCGCCUGCAGGAGGCUCGGGCCGACCGGGAGGCACUGGCGUGGACCCUGAGAAAGCGAGACUCUGACCAUCUCCACAAGGUGAGACAGCUCUACGAGGAGACUGAGGAACAGAUCCGCAGGGAGAAGCAGCAGCUGCAGGCCCAGAGCAACUCCAGGGGCAUGGCCCUCAGUGCCCACAUGCAGGAGGCCCUGGAGGCCAAGGAGCAAGAGGUUCAGCGGCUAGCAGAAGGUCAGAGAGAGCUGGAGGCCCAGCUCCUCCACCUCAGUAGCACACAGCAAGAGGCCAGCUUGGAGAACCUGCAGCUCCGGGAGGUCGAGCGUGACCUGACCGGGCAGCUAGAAGAGGUGCGGGGACAGCUACAGGUGACAAGAGGUCACCUGGAUACUGCCAGGACCAGGGGCCGAGUGUCCUGGCAGGUAGAGGAAGAGCCAAGUGUCCCCAGGGCAAAUACGGAGGCCCCAGACCCUCAGGCUGUCCCCACAGAGGAGGCCCCACUGCCUGAGCUGUUUGGGGUUAAUGAUGACUGGGACAAGCUCCUCAGCAGCUUCGAAGAUCCUACCCAUAGAACCCUGCGGCUUUGCUGGAGCCCUCCCCCAUCCCCAAAUGACACCUCCGCCCCCCAGACUCCCCGAAUUGUUAGACAGAUCUCCAUUUCCAAUAAGUCUGCUCUGCCAUUUUCUCAGGAGCCAGCCUCAGAUCUAGACCCAGGUCCAAGAAGCACCCCUGAGAUGUCUCCUGAUGGUGCGAGAGAUACAAAAGGGGUGGAGGACCCCAAGGGGCAGGGUGGACAGGAUGUCAGUUCUAAGCAGCCUGCGAACUCCACUGACUUAGAUGCCAGGCUCCAGGGUCCCUUCCUCAGGAGUCCGCCAGGAGUCCCGGCUGGGGAGUCUGGGAAUGUUGAAGCAGCCACUUUCAGAGUUCUGCUUGCUUCUGAGGCUGAGCUUUUUCCUCAGGGGCUCUCUUCUCCUCCUCAGUCCCCAACCAGGUCCGGAAAACAGACCCAGACUUCAGAUCUGGGUGACAAGAGUCUUUGGUCUGGACCUGAUGCAGCCAAACUGACCAUAGAGAGAGAAGUCAUGGCGGACGACCUGAAGCUGGGCUUAGGGUCCCAGGGAGACACAGCUCUCCCUGAGGAGGCCACAGAGCCCUUCCUGAGCUUGGAGUCUGUGGGCCAAGUACACACAGAGACACCAGGGCAGGAUGAGGCACAUCUGGCCAGGCUAGAGAGUCAUUCUAGGGGUUACCAAGAAGCCAGUGGCCAAGACCUGCAUCUGGAUAGCCUGUCUACCCACCUCCCCCAGAGUCUAGAAGAGCAGUUUGGGCCUGAGGAAGGGAACUUAGGAGAGAGAGGCCAGCAGGACCCUGGAACAGAAGCCGAUGAGGCUCACAGCCUGGAAGCCGGGAACACAGAAUCCCUCCAGCAAGAUGAUCCCCUGCCUAACCUAUCUCAGGCUCCUGCCGAGACGGAAGUCACUGCUCCUGACCAAACGUCUCCUCCCAUCUUGGGGGCUGGGGCUGGGCUUGCAGUGGGAGCCCCAGAGACCACACAGGCUCUCCUCACCCUGGUUGAGUCAGAAGUCCAGCCCAGGCCCAUGUCCAUGCCUCUUCAGGUGGAGAUCAAGUCAGACGCCCCUCAGCCCCCAGAGCCAGGGGCAGAGAGCAGGCCAGAGGACCCAAGGCCAGACUUACAGGAGGCUGAACCGAGUUCUUCCCCUGGGGACCUCACUGCUGGCAAGCCUCAGGCUGACCCCGACUACCUCUACCAUGUCAUCUUCUUGGGGGACUCCAAUGUGGGCAAGACCUCGUUCCUACACCUGUUACAUCACGAUUCGUUUGCCGCUGGACUGACGGCCACUGUAGGAGUGGAUUUUCGUGUCAAGAACCUGCUGGUAGACAACAAAAUCUUCGCCCUGCAGCUGUGGGACACGGCCGGACAAGAGAGGUACCACAGCCUCACGCGACAACUGCUUCGCAAGGCGGAGGGGGUGGUGCUCAUGUAUGACAUCACCUCCCAAGAGAGCUUCACCCACGUGCGUUACUGGCUCGACUGUCUGCAGGACGCAGGUGUAGAGGGGGUGGCCAUGGUCCUGCUGGGAAACAAGACGGAUUGUGAGGAGGAGAGGCAGGUGCCCACUGAAGCUGGCAGAAGGCUCGCCCAGGAGCUGGGGGUUUCCUUCGGCGAGUGUAGCGCGGCCCUGGGUCACAACAUCCUGGAGCCCAUGAUGAACCUGGCUCGGUCACUUAAGAUGCAGGAAGACCGCCAGAAGGCCUCACUGGUGGAAGUGACCCGCCAGGAGCCACCUAAGAGAACUGGCUGCUGCCGCUGAUCACCAGCCUGAUCCCAUCCCGGAUUGACUUUUCCCAUGGCUCCUAUUCUGCUUCCUAGACACAGCUGUGAUGGAGAAGACCUUCAGGGGACAAUGCCACCUCUCCUCCACUGAACAAACACGCCAGGGGUGGGUGGCAGGACCCAUCUAGAAACUCCACACAAGCAAAGUGUCCCCAGAUCUUUUGUUCAAGAUGGUAGGACAUUCUCGUUUAAUUUCUGCUAUGGUAAAGACUGGCCAAAAACAGCUCAGAGGAGGGAAAGGGUUAUACUUCCAGGUCGCUGUCCAUCGCUGUCAGAGCAGGAACUGACCCAGGACCCAUGGGGGACCGCUGCUCAGUGGCUCAUACACAGUGCCUAAUGCUCAGCCAGAUUUUAUAGGUAGCCCGGGUCCACCUGCCUAGGGAUGGCGCCGCCCACAGUGGAUUGAACCCUCCUGAAUCGAUCAUCGAGCAAGGCAGUGCCCCAUCCCAGGCCAAUCCGGCAAGGUUAAUUCCCUAUUUAGGAAUUUCCCGGUGCCUCUAGAUGGUGUUAUGUUGAUAAUAAAAAGCUAAGGAGGAUGCAGGA